UUAAUUUGCUUUCUUCAUUUUACAGUAAUGCUAUAUUGUAAACUAUUUACAAUACUAUUAUGAGUUCUCGCCGUUUAUUGUGAGUGGAAUGUCGUAAACGAAACUAAACUGCGAAGUUUGGGUACAAAUAUUUUUUUAAGGUUGUAGAGUGAUGUUACCUCAAAAAGAGAUGCUUUUUUGCACAUUUAUCUUGUUCUCUUUAUUUUGUUUUUUAUCUCUGACUGAUGCAGAUAAGUUAUUGCCAGUGAUGAAGGGAGAUUCUCUCACGCUACACCAUAAUCUCUCUGUUUCUAACAUACAGAGAAAUGAUGAGAUCGAGUGGAGGUUUGAAGGCACUCGCAUCGCUAGAGUGAUUGUGCCCAAUUCAGAAUAUUAUGAUGAAAACACAUUCAGAGACAGACUGAAGCUGGAUCAUCAGACUGGAUCUCUGACCAUCACAAACACCAGAACCACAGACUCUGGACUUUACCAACUAAAGACCAUUAUUGGGCUUAAGGAAUCAAUCAAGAGAUUCAAUGUCAAGGUUUAUGAUGUAGAGAAGUUGCCAGUGACAGUGGGAGAUUCUCUCACUCUAAACCCUAAUCUUACUAACAUACAGAGAAAUGAUGAGAUCGAGUGGAGGUUUGAAGGCACUCGCAUCGCUAGAGUGAUUGUGCCCAAUUCAGAAUAUUAUGAUGAAAACACAUUCAAAGACAGACUGAAGCUGGAUCAUCAGACUGGAUCUCUGACCAUCACAAACACCAGAACCACAGACUCUGGACUUUAUCAACUAAAGACCAUUAUUGGGUUUAAGGAAUCAAUCAAGAUAUUCAAUGUCACGGUUUAUGCUCCUCUGCCCAUUCCUGUCAUUACCAGAGACUCUUCACAAUGUUCUUCAUCAUUAUCAUCCUCAUCAUCCCAGCAGAAUUGUUCACUGCUGUGUUCAGUGGAGAAUGUGGGUGAUGUGACUCUCUCCUGGUACAAAGGAAACAGUUUAUUGUCCAGCAUCAGUGUGUCUGAUCUCAGCAUCAGUCUCUCUCUUCCUCUGGAGGUGGAAUAUCAGGAUAAAAACAGCUACAGCUGUGUGUUGAACAACCCCAUCACAAACCAGACUCAACAUCUGGACAUCAGUGAAGUCUGUCAGCCAUGUUCAGGUGUGUUUGAUGUUGAUGGAGUGAAGUCAGUGUCAGUGAUGGAGGGAGAUUCUGUCACUUUAAACACUGAUGAUACUGAAACGCAAAGAGAUGAUGAGAUAACGUGGAGAUUUGGACAAAUUCUCUUAGCUAAAAUCAACAAACGCCACAAUAAGAGCAGGUUUUAUAAUGAUAGUGCUGAUGGGAGAUUCAGAGACAGACUGAAGCUGGAUCAGACUGGAUCUCUGAUCAUCACAAACACCAGAAGCACAGACUCUGGACUUUAUAAAGUAUACAGCAGCAGAUCAGAGACGCCGCUCAACACAUUCAGUCUCACUGUCUACGGUGUGUUUGGAGCAGAUGAAGUGAAGUCAGUGUCAGUGAUGGAGGGAGAUUCUGUCACUCUACACACUCAUGAUACUGAAACGCAAAGAGAUGAUGAGAUAACGUGGAGAUUUGGACCUAAACACAUUCUCAUCUCUCAAAUCGACCGAAAGAACAAUAUGAUGACGAUAUUUGAUGAUAGUGCUGAUGGGAGAUUCAGAGACAGACUGAAGGUGGAUCAGACUGGAUCUCUGACCAUCACAAACACCAGAAGCACAGACUCUGGACUUUAUAAAGUACACAGCAGCAGAUCAGAGACGCCGCUCAACACAUUCAGUCUCACUGUCUACGGUGUGUUUGGAGCAGAUGAAGUGAAGUCAGUGUCAGUGAUGGAGGGAGAUUCUGUCACUCUACACACUCAUGAUACUGAAACGAAAAGAGAUGAUGAGAUAACGUGGAGAUUUGGACCUAAACACAUUCUCAUCUCUCAAAUCGACCGAAAGAACAAUAUGAUGACGAUAUUUGAUGAUAGUGCUAAUGGGAGAUUCAGAGACAGACUGAAGCUGGAUCAGACUGGAUCUCUGAUCAUCACAAACACCAGAAGCACAGACUCUGGACUUUAUAAAGUACACAGCAGCAGAUCAGAGACGCCGCUCAACACAUUCAGUCUCACUGUCUAUGCUCCUCUGCCUGUUCCUGUCAUUACCAGAGACUCUUCACAAUGUUCAUCUUCAUCAUCAUCAUCAUCAUCAUCAUCAGAUUGUUCACUGCUGUGUUCAGCUGUUAAUGUGGGUGAUGUGACUCUCUCCUGGUACAAAGGAAACAGUUUAUUGUCCAGCAUCAGUGUGUCUGAUCUCAGCAUCAGUCUCUCUCUUCCUCUGGAGGUGGAAUAUGAGGAUAAAAACAGCUACAGCUGUGUGAUCAACAAUCCCAUCACAAACCAGACUCAACAUCUGGACAUCAGUGAAGUCUGUCGACCAUGUUCAGCUCAUCCUCCCGCUUCUGCCGUAACUUCAGAAAAUCCUUCAUCAUCUGAAAGUGACACAGGAAUCUGAAGUGAUGGAGGUGAUUUACAUGUUUCACUACAGAGCAUUGAUCAAACUCUCCGUGACUGAUCAAAGUAAUUGCCUUACAUGUAUUACUGUUAUGAUUUUAAUAAUAGCAUUUAAAUGUCCUUAUAUCAACGUCUGAAUCUCAGACUUUAUUGUGUAAUUUGUAACUGUAGCAAAUUUGUAAUAACUGUACUUUGUGGAAAGUGGCUGAUUCAGGAUUGUGUUUUUAGCAAUAAAUUACUAACUCUUCAGCAAGCAUCAAA